UUCACCUCUUUCAAAAGCCUUCUGAAAAGCUCUCUUCUCCACCAACAUUAAUUUGCUUAUUCUUUUCUGAUAUAAUACAGCUCCUUUGUAGUAAACCAUUGAUGGGUGAAGGAACAUCAUCAUCCCUUCAAAUUAAACCUCCUUCUCGUGGAAGUCUCAUCACAAUUCUCAGCAUUGAUGGUGGUGGAGUUAGAGGGAUCAUCUCUGGGAUUAUCCUUGCUUCCCUCGAAUCAGAGCUUCAGAAGCUAGAUGGGGAGGACGCAAGGCUCUCAGAUUACUUUGAUGUAAUCGCAGGAACAAGUUCUGGUGGCCUGAUAACAACAAUGCUAGCUGCACCAAACCAAAAUAAUCGUCCACUGUAUGCUGCAAGCGAAAUCAAGCCUUUUCUCUUUGAACACUCUCCUAAAAUAUUUCCACCGAGGAGCGGAAUCAUUGGUUCAGUUGUGAAUUUUUUUAAAAUUUUAACAGGACCAAAAUAUGAUGGGAAGUAUCUUCACAGCCAGAUAAACAAGCUAUUAGGAAACACGAAGUUGGAUCAGACCUUAACAAAUGUGGUUAUUCCAACUUUUGACAUCAAGAAUCUCCAGCCUACCAUCUUCUCUUCAUAUCAGAUGGCAGCUACCCCAUCAUUGGAUGCUAAAUUAUCGGACAUAUGCAUAGGAACGUCAGCUGCACCGACCUAUCUUCCCGCCUAUUGUUUUGUAAACCAAGAUGAUCAAGGGAGCACACGAGAAUUCAACCUCAUUGAUGGUGGUUUGGCAGCUAGUAAUCCGACCUUGGUUGCAAUCAGCGAAGUGACCAAGCAGGUAACCAACAAAAACCCGGAUUUCUCACCAUUCAAGCCCAUAGAUUAUGGCAGUUUACUCGUAAUCUCAGUUGGUAGUGGAUCACCAAAGCAAGAGCAUAAGUACAAUGCUAAGAUGGCUGCGAAGUGGGGAAUUUUAGGGUGGUUAUAUAACAACGGGUCCACUCCAUUGGUGGAUUCCUUUACCCAAGCAAGUGCAGAUAUGGUUGAUUACCACAACGCUGUUGUAUUUCAGGCCCUCGGAUGCCAAGAGAACUACCUCCGAAUUGAUGAAGCUACAUUAACCGGGGACCUCGCAUCAACUGAUAUAGCAACAAAGAAGAACAUGAAUGAGCUUGUAAAAGUGGGUGAGGAGUUGUUGAAAAAACCAGUUUCAAGGGUGAAUUUGGAUACGGGUGAAUAUGAAGCCAUUAAGAAUGGUGGCACUAAUGAGGAGGCACUCAGAAGGUUUGCCAAACUGCUUUCUGAUGAAAGGAAACUACGGGAGUCAAAUGCUCAGGAUGGCCAAGAUUCAAACUAGCGCAUGCUCUUUCACUUCUAGAUUUUCAAGAUUAAUUCUCAGCCCAACAUUAAUAUACAUGUAUUUUUGUGGAUCUUCAUUACCGAUUGAUUGAAUUUGAAGAAUAAGAGGAUGCUUUUUUU